GACGAGAAUGUCUAGUGAGUCUCCACACCUAACUCCCACUAUUUCAAAUAAAUAAUUAUUAAAAGAAAUUAAUAAGAAAAAAGAUGGGAAAUGACAGGCAGUCGGCCGGGUCGGCCCGGGUCGGGCAGACUCGGGGCAAGCAGGCACAGAGAAUAAAGCGAAAUCUGGGUGGUUGGUCUUUCCACAAGAGUUUUUUUUUUUUUUUUUUUUUUUGUUGACAAGUUCAAAAGAGGUUUUGGGAGAGACCUCGAAACGAACUCUCGCUGACUCUCUAUGCCGUGAUUUUCUUCAUAAAGUUCCCUCCAUUGAAGGUACCGUUUCUUUCUCCUUCGAGCUUCGAUCUGUCUAGGGUCUUGCCGCUCUAUCUUUUCUCAUAAUUUCGCGGCUUCGUUUCAUCUUUAACUGAAUUUCCUUGUUAAAAAAAAAAAAACUGAAUUUCCUUGUGCUUUUGUCAUUUCUUGGCCGGCUGGAGAAUCAGUCGUUCUGGGGGGGGAGCUGAAAUCGAGAAAAAUGAGACUUUUACUUCUUUCUGACUUCCAUCUUCGAGGUUUUAACUUUGUUUAGUUUCGAUUUCCCCUGUAUUUCGAUGACCGAGUAGAAUCUUACCCAUUUUCGGGCUGCCUUUCGUGAAGGUAGAGUUCAGCUAGUUGACUGUUUUUAGGAUUUGGGUGUUCUUUAAUUGGUUGUGCUGGUUCUGGGACUUGGUGAUUGUUCUCGUGAUUGGUUCAUUAAUGGGUCGAUAGGUUGAUGAAGCUUUCCUGUUUUUGUGUCUGAACAAGUUGGUUCUAGUUGGGUUUCUCUUCAUCUGAAUCUAUCUCGUGUUUCUUUCUGAAGUAUGCUUAACAUGGCGAUGCUACUUUAGGAAGGAUUUGAAUUUCGGGAGUUGGCAUGUAGACAUGAGAUGCUAGGCUAGCAUUUUACCAUUAGUUGAUCCUUGUUUGCUGACUGGUGAGGGCAAUAUUUCUGUGCAUAAGCUACUCUGUAGAACGGUAUGUGAAAUCAAUGCAUCUUUUGUAAGAUCAAAUUCAUUGAUAUUCGAUGCUGAGUUCCAAAAAUAGGAAAAUGAAUGAAAGAAGAAAUGCAUCCGAUAUAUCAUAUUGUGCACCUCUCUAUCAGAGUUGUGGAUACGCUAGAAUUAUAGUUGUGGAUUAUUGUUGCACAUUGUCCAUGGUGAAGUUGGUGGAGAAAACAAUUGAACAAGUGGAACAUGUUUUCUGUUAUGUCUAAAGUAUGGAUUUUGGAACAACCAAUGUCUUCUUAUAUUACAAGUUAUGUGUUUUAUGACCCAUUAAGACCCUGCGGUUAUCUAUCCUAUGCACACUCAGCUAGCUUUACCAUAUGGCUAAUUGAUUCAAGGUUUCGUCUCUCAUUAGUAUCUAACAUUAACCCGUUGGUUUUGUGCCUGUGUGCUGCAAACGUUUUUUUAGCUGCUAAUUGAUUUCAGUGUCAUCAGUUUGACAAAUUACCAACUAGAAUCGUCCCUACCCCCUCUCCCAAACUCUUUCUCUGUGCGGGUCUUUUGUUUAUUUGAGUUCUAUAUUGUCUCGAUGUUUGAAGUUUGUGGGUUAGGGGAUUUGUGAACAUUGUUUCUCAGGUAUUUGUUGGUUUGUCCUGCAUUUACAGAAGACCCGUCUUCUCUGUCAGAACAAGGAGCGUUGAUGGUAGCUCUUCUUGUGCACUAACUUACAAGCUUGUGGGGUUUGGUCAAGGAAGGUAAAUCCAUAAUGUUAUUAUGAUCUGACAAUCACCUUCUGUGCGAACUAUAGAUGCUAAUUAUGGCAUUCAUGGGAAAAACUUUAUCUAUGCUUUCCCUAUAUUCUCCUUGUACGCGCUGAUGCCUCAUGAGGCGAUUCUGCAUUAGGAUGUAAGAGUUCACCGUUGUACCAUAUUAUCAUACUCGUUUUCAGCAUGUGGAAUUAUUUGUACCAAGUACGGCAUGCUACCGUCGUCAACAUUCAAUUCCUCUUGAGGUUCACCCUAUAUUUAUGCUAAUUAAUCUGUUUUGUUUCUUUGUUAGAUACUCUGUGAUUGUUCCAGUGACUUGUGGUUCUGAUGGAGAUAUCUCUGUUAAAAGUGCUUCUCAAUAAUAUCUCCUCCUUUUCUCAUCUAUCAUCAUUUGAGAAUGUAAUCUCUGGUCUGGUCCAGAAGUAUUUUCAGAAGACAGAAGAGAUACUGAAGCUUCUAAAGCCCAUACUUGAUUCUGUUGUUGAUUGUGAAAUAGCUUCCAAUGAGAUGCUUAAUAAAGCCUUUGCAGAACUGAGUCAAUCUAUCGAUGAACUCAGGGAGCUCUUCGUAAACUGGCAGCCAUUGUCAAGCAAAGUCUUUCUGGUUCUUCAAACUGAACCAUUGUUGUCAAAGAUCCGAAGUUUGGGCCUGGAAAUAUUUCAGUUCUUGAAAUCUGCCAAUGAACAUCUUCCUGAAGAAUUGAGUUCAUCGUCUCUUGAGUAUUGCAUACAAAAAUUGAAGCAAAUGGGAGUGGAAAAUACGUCAUCUACCGUUAAGGAGGGCUUAAAGGAUCAAGAGGAAGGUGCUGGAACAUCUGGCUCUGAUAUCUUAGUCAGAAUUGCUGAGAGUCUCAGCUUAAGAACCAAUCAGGAGAUUCUUAUCGAAGCAGUGGCACUUGAAAAAUUGAAAGAGACUGCUGACCAGGCUGAAAAGAACGGGGAAGUUGAGUUUUUCGAUCAACUCAUUGCUCUUGUAACCAGGAUGCACGAUCGGCUUCUCCUCAUCAAACAGUCCGAAACCAGCAGCCCAGUCCCUAUACCACCUGAUUUCUGCUGCCCUCUCUCACUUGAAUUGAUGACUGAUCCAGUUAUUGUGGCAUCAGGGCAGACCUAUGAACGGGCGUUUAUCAAAAACUGGAUUGAACUUGGACUCACUGUGUGCCCCAAGACACGGCAUACUCUGGCUCACACUAAUCUCAUACCUAAUUACACCGUGAAGGCCUUGAUUGCAAAUUGGUGUGAAUUGAACAAUGUUAAGCUGCCAGUUCAUGUGAAGUCUGUGCAUCCCUCAUCAGCAGAACCACCUCGUUCUCUGAGCUCGCCUGGCCCAAUUUUGGUGCCGUCUAGUGGAUUUCAUAGAGAUGGAAGUUCUCUGUUACAUCCACGUUCAACUUCCGAGAGUUCUUUAUCAGGCAUAGUCGCAAAUGGCCAGGAUAUAGAUAUUGCUCGUAUAUCACUGACCGGUUCUGAAGAAAGGUUUGCUAACUCAGAGGAAAGGAUCAUAGAUUCUAUUGCAUCACCAUCUAGAAUGGAGGAAGUUUCAGAUUCUGUUGUUGCAGCUGACGACUCCCCCCUUUCGAGGAGGAGCCAUGGUAGAAGUGCCUCUGCUGCAAAUGCAACUUCUCCUAGAAGAUCAUCUGGAGAUGAUGCUAGUGAGUCUUUGGAGGUGCCCAAUCAUCUUAUUGCUUCAUACAAUAGCGACACAUCUGGGGAAGUAAAAUCUGAAAUGCCACGGGUGGUUUCUUCUGCUGCUGCAUCAAACAGCUCUCUUCACAGGGAACCCGAAUUCUCGCCUCGUUUUGUUGAGACUCGUUCUCGAAGUCAACCAUUUUGGCGCCGCCCGUCUGAUAGGCUUCUCCCGCGGAUAGUUUCUUCUCCUACGACUGAAACAAGAGCUGAUCUCUCUGGCCUCGAAACCCAAGUAAAAAAGUUGGUUGAAGAUUUGAAUAGUGAUUCUAUUGAUACGCAGAGAGAAGCAACAGGUCAGCUCAGAUUACUUGCGAAACACAAUAUGGAUAACCGGAUUGUGAUCUCCAACUGUGGGGCCAUUACCUUGUUGGUCAACUUGCUCCGGUCAACUGACUUGAAGAUUCAGGAAAAUGCUGUCACAGCGCUUUUAAACUUGUCGAUCAACGAUAACAAUAAAACUGCGAUUGCUAAUGCUGAAGCCAUUGAGCCUUUGAUAUAUGUUCUUGAAACUGGAAGCCAUGAAGCUAAAGAGAACUCAGCUGCUACACUCUUCAGCCUGUCAGUGAUAGAGGAAAACAAGGUCAGGAUUGGAAGGUCUGGAGCAAUUGGACCACUGGUGGAUUUGUUGGGGAAUGGUACUCCGAGAGGGAAGAAGGACGCCGCAACAGCAUUGUUUAAUUUAUCAAUAUUUCAUGAGAACAAGGCUCGGAUUGUUGCGGCUGGUGCCGUAAAGCAUCUGGUGGAGUUGAUGGACCCAGCAGCUGGAAUGGUGGACAAAGCAGUCGCUGUUUUGGCGAACCUUGCAACGAUCCCCGAGGGGAGAAAUGCCAUUGGUCAGCAAGGAGGGAUCCCUGUUUUGGUGGAAGUUGUUGAGUUGGGUUCUGCCAGAGGGAAAGAGAACGCAGCUGCUGCUCUUUUGCAGCUUUGCACGAACAGUAACAGGUUCUGCAACAAUGUGCUCCAAGAAGGUGCCGUGCCGCCAUUAGUGGCGUUGUCACAGAAUGGCACUCCCAGAGCUAAAGAGAAGGCGCAGUCACUCCUUAGCCACUUCAGGAACCAACGGCAUGGAAACCCGGGCAGGAACUGAUAUAUUGAGUACAAAGAGACUAAAGGUGCCAUUGGUCAAUGAUGAGGUUUUUAUUCUGGAAAAAAACCAUAUACAUAGUUGUGUGUACAUUUGUUGUCAUGAAGGUGCAAAUAACGCAUAUUAAGAUUGAGGAUCAUCUACGUGAUUUUGAUUAGUUGUUUGUAGAGAGUAAACAAAAUGGAUAUUUGGCUGGUGCUGACUAACGAAAAAGCUAGCUUUUAUCCUAGGAUUAAAAACCCGAACCAUGCCAGCGGUUCAACCGCUACAAACUGGUAAUGAUCAACAGAAGCACAAAAAAACCCAGGCCAGUCGCUUUCUAGCGGAUGAACCGUUGUACUAUGAUAUUUCGACUGGCAUCCCGGAACCUAAAAAAAAAUAAAUAAAAAAUCAUUCUCCAAACGUCUCCAGCGCACCAGUGGGAAACGGCCCCCCAAAGGAUUCUGAUCAUAGUCGUUCAGCGCGUCAAGUUGACACUAUAGCUACAGGCAAGUGUUUAAGGUCGUGAUUUCUCAUUCAAUGGCCUCACAAUUUUCAUUCCCAUGUACAAUAUGACAUCGGGGAUUUCACCCGCAGGCUAUACUGCAAGCAAGGAAGGCGACCUCAAAGACUGGCGGCUAAUUCGGGUGACGAAAAGCUAGGUUUUAUUCCAUCUGCCUAAUUCUGGAAGAGGGGGUGAGUUGAUAUUAAGGUGUCAAGGCGGUCGAAGAAGGCCACAAGUGGAAGCAACCGAUGCUUUGGUCAUUCAGUUGACUCCUUGCUCUCAAUCUGGAUCUUUAGCAGGGGUUUCGGCCGGUUUUACCUACUAUUGGAUUUGAACCAAUGACUCUCGCCGCAUGUAACGGAUCAUCUAAUUCUGCCAUCAUGUCGAAGAUCUUUCUUUUUAAUUUCGCGGUUUUUUUCGCUUGUUCGAACAGUGAUUCGAAUUCGGAGGAUAUUUUCCCUUUAAUCUCUGGUAAAUAUGAUUUUCCAUCAGGCCUUGUAACUGGUAAGACAACUCGCUUCAUCCGUAUCAAACUCUACACCGGCAGCAUGACAUCUGUUGUAGAUCCUUAUCUUGUCAAGAGGACUGGCGGACGAUGGAGCACAAACCAUGUCGGUGCAGGCCUUGCCUAUGAAAUCGUCUAUAUUUAUUUUGACGAACAGGAUGUGACAUCGGAGCCAGACCUUGUCUUUGAGUGCCGGGCCUUAGACUCCGCCGUUUUGAUUUAGUCUACAUCUACACAAUAUAUAAUAGUAAUAGUAGGAAGAGGAAAACUGUAGCUCCAUUUCAAAUUGGUCUUCACAAUUAUUUUCUUUUAUUCAUUAAGAAAAUACGUACUAGGAUUCGAACCAUGACCACUUUAAAGAAAGCAAAGAUCAUAACAAAUCACACUAAGUACAUUUGUUGUAUCUUUUUAAAUUAAAAACAUAUAAUAGCAGAGAGGAAAAAAUAUUUUCCCCAUUUCAAAUUCCCUGCUCCAUGAACGUUGUAGGAAAGGUAGAAUUAAGACUAGGGAGUGACAAUUUUUUUUCUUUUUCAUUUGUGGAACGGGCCAACUUACCGUACACAUGCGGAUUUAAACGGGUCCAGGAGUGUCAAUUUUUUCUUUAAGACCUUUUAUUUCUCCGUGGUGGUAAAAUACAUAUGAAAAGAAAAAAACAAUACUCAUUUUUAUUGCUAAAAAGAAAAAAAAUUUAACAAUAAACUAAUGCAUGGAUUCUAAUGGGCUAACCGCUAACCAUAAAAUAAAAGAGUUGAAUGGGCCUGACCUACAUGGGAUUUGGCCAUCAAGUAAAACACAUGAACAUCAUGGGUUUCUCAUUCUAAAACAAGCUAUUUUUUCUAGCAUAAUAUAUAUUAUGCUAUUAUUUUAUAUCUUAGUGGCUAAAAUAUUAUGUAUUUAAAAGUUAUUCAAUGGUCCAACCUCGACCAACCCAAUUAGUCCAAUUUUUAUCAUUUCAAAUAUAUAUUAAGUAAUUAUUUGAUAUCAUAAUGAUUAAAUUAUAGUGUAUUUA